AUGUGGUGUUGUGUGAGACAUCCUAGCGGACGUUGGAAAGAAGAAAUCGGGGAAUUUUAUAGUCGAAAAAGGGCACUUGUCGGUUCAUUACUACAUCAUUCUGCAGGAGCUGAUGGUGUCCCCAGAAAAGGUAGAAUUUCUCUUUACUCAUCCGGUUUAGGUACAAAGGAGCUGAUCUGUUUUGUGUGAGACAUCCUAGCGGACGUUAUAAAGAAGAAAUCGGGAAAUUUUAUAGUCGAAAAAGGGCACUUGUCGGUUCAUUACUACAUCGUUCUGCAGGAGCUGAUGGUGUCUCCAGAAAAGGUAGGAUUUCUCUUUUUGCAUCCAGAUUAGGGAUUAAUCGCUAUGUGGUGUUGUGUGAGACAUCUUAGGGGACGUUGGAAAGAAGAAAUCGGGAAAUUUUAUAGUCGAAAAAGGGCACUUGUCGGUUCAUUAUUGUAUCAUUUUGCAGGAGCUGACGGAGAAACGCAAGAAAGGACUGGAGAAGGCGUGAGCAAAGCUGGAUCAGAGGAAGCAGACGACGUUUAG